AACAAAAAGGAAACGUCGGAUGCUGAAGAGCGGGAGGUUGGGUCGACUCGACCGAUAAGUUUCACAUUUAGAACAAUCUCUGAGACAUUUAUUUUGCAGAUAGUUGAUUGUUAGAGUAAUAGAGAAGCUAUAUCGUAGUUCUUUAUUGACAGGAAACGAGGAGCUAAUUUAUCAGGGAUGAGUGGCGAUGAGAUGAACCCAGCAGCAGUGGCCCAGGCAGUGGAGGAUAUACAGGGAGACGACCGCUGGAUGGCCCAGCACACGCGGUUUGUUCAGGAGUGUAAGGAUGCAGAGCCAGAGGUGCUGUUUAUUGGAGACUCCAUGGUGCAGCUAAUGCAGCAGUACGAGAUCUGGCGGGAGCUCUUCUCUCCUCUGCACGCGCUCAACUUUGGCAUCGGGGGAGACACCACCUGUAAUGUGCUGUGGAGGCUGCAGAAUGGAGAACUGGACAACAUUGGGCCUAAGGUGACGGUGGUGUGGGUAGGAACCAACAAUCAUGAGCAUUCGGCAGAGCAAGUUGCAGGGGGAAUCCUUGCCAUUGCACAACUGCUCACCUCUCGUCUUCCUAAGACUAAGGUUGUUGUUCUGGGUCUGUUGGCACGGGGCGAGUGGCCCAACCCGCUGCGGGAGAAGAACGUGGCGGUGAACAGCUUCCUGCGUUCCUGGCUGCCACGGCUGGGCCAGACCCAGUUCCUGGAUGUGGGGGCGGGCUUCGUGCACUCUGACGGGACCAUCUCCACCAGGGACAUGUUUGACUUCCUGCACCUGACAGCGGCGGGCUACCGGGCCAUCGCCAAGCCCCUCAUUGACCUGCUGCGGCAGAUACUGGAGGAGACGCCUGAGGAGAAGAGGGCCUCGCUGCUCUGAGGGCCUCGCUGCUCUGAGGGCCUCGCUGCUCUGAGGGCCUCGCUGCUCUGAGGGCCUCGCUGCUCUGAGGGCCUCGCUGCUCUGAGGGCCUCGCUGCUCUGAGGGCCUCGCUGCUCUGAGGGCCUCGCUGCUCUGAGGGCCAUGGCCCAGGGGCCACACACCCACACAGCCAGGGGCAUGCCUCACUCAUUCACUCUGCUGGGGAGUAGCUGGAAUUUGCCUAAAACCACUAAUCCAGGAUCUGGUCCUAGAUCUGUCCUAGAUCUGAUCUGUUGCUAGAUCUGAUCUGGUCCUAGAUAUAUCCUAGAUCUGAUUUGGUCUUAGGUCUGUUGUUAGGUGCAAGAUCUCUGGCAACUUCUACCUCUACAGGGAACGGGGGGGGGGGUAGUCAGGGGUGAGGCAUGCUCCUGUCUAUUGAGAUGGGGUCAGAUCAAGAUGUCACUUGCUGGGCCAAGCAGAGAGAAUGGGCACACAUAUGAGUGGAACUGGAAGUGCAGGAGAGGAGGGGGAGUGCAUGGGUUCAUGUGCAUGUGUGCAGGGAGACAGAGUUGACGGUGUGGAGAAGUGAAAGAGAGCGAGACAACAAUACUUCCAGAGACAUCGUACACGCUAUAGCAGCAACAGAGGAUAGAGAGAGAUCGGACACCUGCACAAGCUGUAUAAAGAGGCUAAUGGCAAACAUGCAUAGACUCUGAGAGAAGAGAGACACAGACACUGUAGUAGACUCUAAAAUGUCAGCUUUGCCAAUUGAAAUGUAAAUUAGCUUCCUACUUGGGCACAGCUUAACAGCACAGUAAUAAACACUCCUAUAUAUUCCCUCUCAGAAAUCUGUUUGAGUUGGCUCCAUAUGCCACAGUCUAAACCAACAGCCCUUUAAAAGCUUUAAACCGCCAUCCGAGUACCAAGUGUAAUCUUCUCUCCUCCCUCCCUCACUCUGUGCCUUGAAACAGUGAACAGUGAAGUCCAGCUAUCCUCCCAUACCUGCCACACACACACACACACACACAUCGGCUUUCUCUCCCUUUCUUACACAUAGGAAACUACACUCUCCUACAGACUCCAAUACCUGCUUACUCUGUCUCUCGCCUACUCUUAAUUUCUGUCCCUAUUUUGUCUCGUUGUGUGUAGCAUACAGAACUCCGACCCAUCCCUGUCCACACUACCACCUGCCUCAUAACAUAUGACAGUGUCGCAGGACGUCUUAAACAGUAGCAUCAUGAUAAAGCUUCUGACAUAGAAUUACAUAGAUUUUAUAGUCUACUACUACACUAAAACCCAACCACAGGUCACAACCCUGUUUUGUCUCUUCCUGGUGCAGUUGAACUGAAGUGGUUUCUGAGGUCCUCUUGCUCUCAUGUUACUAGCUACUGUCUUUAAGGAAAUGUAGCUCUUUUUUUUUUACAACCAAAUCUCUGUUUUGAUGUAGAUGGCAAAUUUAUAGAAGGGUUCAAACACUUUUUUUUCUUUUGCGAUUUCACUUGUUUUUGAGAAACUUACCCCAGCCAUCAUUUCCUCGUCCUGCAUUACUGGGGCUCUGAACAAAUGCUCCAAAAACACCCAAAUACGUCCUUUUAUAAAUGGAAACGCUCUCAGUAUAGUGAUGCAGGUCUUUUGAACUUUAUGCGCAACUUUAUAUUUCAUUUUGUGCUACUCAAGCCGUCAAGCCCCUAUCCAGCUGUUUCAUUUCCUAUGUAGCCUGCUGCUAGAAUGGGCGGAGAGAUAUCACUCGAGUUGUCUGUUUCAUGUGUACAACAUCUAAAGACCUGCAUCACUAUACUGAGAGCUUUUCUGUUUCUAAAAGGAUGUAUUUUGGUGUUUUUGGAGCCUUUGUUCAUGUUUUUUUUGGAGCCCCCGUACUGCACAUCGAGGAUAAGGAAGUGAAUCGCUGGUUGGGGUAAGUUUCUCAAAAACAAGUGAAAUCACCAAGUGUCUGGACAUGCCAUAUACAUUUUUUUUUAAUAUAAUUUGGUUGUAAAAAGCUAAAUUGUCCUUUAAGCUCUACACGUAUUCUUCUUGUGCCUGCCUGCGCGUGUGUGUGUGUGUGUGUGUGAACCUUCAACACUGGCUUGGGUGAGAAGUGUGUACAGUAUGUGUCACUUAUGGUUGGUUGUAUGACUGUUUAGAAGUGACCCAUUUGUAUAUAAUACAUAUAUGUGAAGCUUGGAUAGAUGGCCUUGUAUUGCGGAUGUGGUAGUGUUUGUAAGAUAAUUAACGUUAGCGAGUAUCUGUAUUUGGUGCAAACUGCUCUAUAUUUGGCUUAUUCUCACAUGCUUAAGUGUUCCAAUAAAGGACCAUG